GACAAACCAAUUAUCACUUAUGAUCUCCCUCACUCCUCUAUUUAUAGACCCUACAGGAUAACACUUAGGUCGCUGAAUCUAUAAUAAGUAGUUCUCAAGUUCAUUUCUUUAGAAACACAUAUAUCUCAAUAAAUAUUAUUUUUAAAUGAGCAAUAUUGAAUGUAUCCAGAGUGCCAAUUAUUUGAAAUAUUUAAUAGUGAAUUAAAUUCAAAGGGAAAAAGUAUAUACAUAAAAUUUGUCAUUUUUAUAAAUUCUUUAGGUCUUUCCUUCUUGAGACGCAGAAGAAGAAACAAUGUUUAUUGGUAUAAUAUUCAUUCUUCUUCAGAGUAAUUGGAUACAGUUAGUUAUCACAGAUGACUAUAGCAGUCUUGAUGAUUUUAAAUAUAACUCAACAUAUAAUAAUAGUGGAAACAUAUCAUCGGCUUAUGAAGUUCAAAUGGAUGCCAUGUUGACUUACCAACACCAAAUACCACCUCGAUUGAAAACUAAUAACCAGCGUUCAAUGAUCUGCAUUCCCAUUACUCACAAGAAAUUCAAACAUAUAAAAUUAUCACUUCAACCUGAUUUCAAUGAUAGCAGUAUUAUAGAAGAUUCUCCCCUUCAGCGUGCAGCUAGACUAGGAAGAGAACAGGAAGUGGCCUACCUCUUGUCCUCUGGAAUGAAUGCUAGCUCAGCAGGGACAUUCAAGAGAACUCCUCUUCACUGGUCAGCAUCCAAUGGUUACAGUGGAAUAAUAAUGCUCUUGUUAGUAAAUGGUGCCAGUAUAAACACUAAAGACAAAUGGGAUUAUACUCCAUUGCAUUUAGCUGUUCAGAAUGGUCACACAGAAGCUGUGAAAAUUUUGAUAAAAAAUGGUGCAGCAACUAAUACCAAAACUAUAGAAGGAAGAACACCGUUGCUUGAUGCAGCAAGAAAUGGUUACUUUGACUUACUAUCAACUUUACUCGAUUUCUUUAAUGCCAACAUAAGUAUGCCAAAGCCAUACCUCUCUACUCCAUUACACGAAGCUGUGAUUGGAGAUCAUAUAGAUUUAGUAAAAUAUUUAAUUGCUAAAGGGGCUGAUCUGAAUGCAAUGGACGAAAUGAAAAGGACACCUCUUCAUUGGGCAGUUUUUUAUAAUUAUGAAGAUCUAGUGUUUGUUCUAAUAAGUAAAGGAGCAGGAUUAAACAGAAAAGAUUGUGAUGGAUUGUCACCAUUACAUAUUUCAGCUUUGAAAGGUUACAAAAAAGUAACAGACAUGUUGAUAAAAUAUGGUGCUUUUAAAAAUUCAAGAUCCAAAAAAGGACAUACACCUUUACACGAAGCAGCACAUAACGGCCAAAUAGAAAUUGUCCAGUUGCUGAUUAAGGAAGGUGCAGAACUGGAAAAACCUGGAAUAGAAGCUAGUGAUGGUUCCACUCCUCUCUUUGAAGCAGUCGAAGGUGGUUAUUCUGAAAUAGUUAGAUUAUUGAUAGAGCAUGGUGCUCGAUUUAAUUUGACCAAUAGCAUGGGCAAAACGCCACUUCAUCGUGCAGUAGAAAAGUAUGACAAGGAGAUAGUCAAUUUAUUAGUUCAAAAAGGAGCUGAAAUAACUGCUGAAGAUUACUGGGGCUACACGCCAUUCGCUAUAGCCUGUGAACAGGGCAAUAUGGAAAUAUUGCAGCAAUUAUUUCAUUACUGUGUUUGCUACAAUUACACCAAAAAUUGUCAGUGUUUAAGUGUUGGAAAUGAUGUUGUAGGCUUACCGAUAGCCUGUCAAUGUAUUGCAGCUAAAGGAGUUAUAAAGGAGGAGGAAAUUAUUUCUGUCACAGCUAAGUCAGUUAAUUUUGAAAAAUGCCCCUGCUUCAUGAUCAAAAGUGGCUUGCAUGACAUCAAAGAAGCCUGUACAACAUCAGUUCCACAGAUAGAAACUGCUUCUAUAGGACUUUGUCUCAAAGCAUCGGAUUUUAGCACAAAAAAAAUUAAUUGCCCAUUAUUAUCCAAUUCAGAAAGUACAAAUUCAACAGUGUGUAUAGGUCAUGUGGUAAAAUAUUUUAGAAAUAUGUUAGAUAACAGCAUAAUGUUUCACUAAUUAUGUUUAAUAUUUAUAGGUUAUGAAAUAAAAUUAAAUCUUUGAUGGCAACAUACUUCAUGAACUUUAAUUAGAGUUUGAAGAGGAUACGCGUAUGGUGUCAAUGUAUAAUGUCUUAAAUGUCAGAGUCGGAUUUAACACUCAUAAGGGCCUUUUCAUGCAACCAUAGUCCGAUUCAUUAACUCCCAUCUUCCAAGCCCUCAGUUCAAUAAAAAUUUAUUAUCCACAGAUGAAUUUUGUUUUUAUAUCUAAACAAAAAUUAAAUUUACAAGAAAAAAUAAUGUAAUAAUAUACAUAAUAUUAAUUUUUUACUUCAAUGUACUGCUGAAAGAAAAUUCCAUGUGCUAUUUAUUCAUAGCCUCUGAAUUGAAAAAGUUUUGAUCAAAGAAAGUGUAUCUGCUUAUUAUAGAUCUGUUAUUAGAUUCUUCAUAAGUUUAUAUAAAUACUUCUUAUAUAUAAUACAUCAAUAAUAAUAAAUAAAACUUAUUGCAUAUAAUUUUUUAUUUGUCAGCAGGCAAUAGUUAUUUUAUGUUUGUAGUUACUAUUUAUUAUUUUGUGUUGAGAGAAGGUCUGACAUCAGAUCUAACAGUGUUGUCCUACUGCAUAAAAUAUCAGAUCUGACAUUAUCAAAGCAAGAGAAAGGAAUGUAGGCUUCAAGUACAAAUUAAAUCAUAGAAUCCGACACUGACAUUUAUCGGGCAAUAACACAAACCAAAUGUAAUAAAUGAUAUUUGGAAAUGUAUGCAAUGAAAAAUUGGCUACAUUCAUUCUUACCAAUAAGUUAAUAGAUAUUAAAUUUAAAAUUUCGUUAAAUUAUUAAUAAUAAUAUUGUAUAUAUUGCAACAAAUUUUUAAAUUAUAGAUGUUUUUUUAUUUUUACUUUACUCCAAUAUGUAAAUAAAAAAUAUAAGUUAUGUUUUAAUACCUGUUUAUGAUCAUUUUAGAAUUAAAAUUUCUUAUCAUGUAUAAAAUUA